AUGCGGCUGUGGGACUUCAUACUUGUCUUCUGCUUGGUCUACACUGCGCUGGUCACGCCAUACGAGAUCGCAUUCAUCCCUGACCGUGACAGCAUUCUACUGGUUAUCAAUCGAAUAGUGGACGUCGUGUUCAUCAAGGACAUGGUCAUGCAGUUUUUCAUGAAGGUGGAACGAAACACAAGGCAAGGGAAGAUCUGGGUGCGGGACCGCUGGAAAGUGGCCGUGCUGUACGUCAAGACCUGGUUUCUGAUCGACUUAGCGUCGGUUCUUCCGUACGAUGACUUCACGGACCUGCUCCAGGAGAGCGCUGACGGUAUACAGAGCGUGAAGAUCCUGAGAACGAUCAGGGUUCUCCGGCUCGUCAAACUUCUUCGGAUUCUCAAAGCCAGCCGAAUGGUGAAGCGCUGGGAAAAUCGAAUAGCGCUGAAGAGCACGAGUCUGUACUUGAUAAAGUUUGCCAUGUUGAUCAUUCUCUCGUGCCACUGGAUGGCCUGCAUCUGGGGAUUCUUGGGCCUGCUCGAAGGAAGCAUGCUGAAGUGCAAGGAUGAGCUGCAGCAAGACGGAGAUCCGCUUGGUCUCAUGGCAUCAAAUCCUGAUGCCACGUACUUCUUCGAAGAACGUGCAGGUGACGCUCACAACCCCUCUCAGUGGUUUGGAGACAGCUGGGUGGUGAGAUGGGCAGCCAGUCGUGCAGCGAGCUCUCCAACGAAUCCUUGCGACAAUGGCACUGUCUACAUAGCGGCCUUGUACUGGUCGGUGAUGACCAUGACCUCCGUUGGGUACGGAGAUGUUCUUCCAUACACUCCGGCAGAAUACUUGGUGUGCACCACCUGCAUGAUGAUUAGCUCCAUCGUCUGGGCCUACAUCAUCGGCGCUGCUUGCGCCGUGAUGUCCAAGAUGGACCCCGAACUGAGCGAGUUCGAAAGAAGGAUUGAUGAUUUCAAUGCCAUGGCUCAUGACCAGGAUUUGCCUGGGCACAUUCGCUGGCGCGGACGCGAGUUCAUUCGAGAGCAGCGCUUUCACAUGCACUACCUCCGCAACAUCGAUGCUUGGGAAGGGCUUGGGGCUGACCUGCGGGGCACCGUGGCGCGACAGAUGGCGUCGCACUACAUCAACCACAUUUGGUUCUUCAAAGGAACCAAAGCCCAAUUUCGCGAAGAUUGUGCGAAGAACUUCGUGCCAAUGUUCUAUGAGCGCCGGGAGGUCAUAGAAAAGCCCGUUCAGCUGAAUGUGGUUGAGCGUGGAGCCGUGGGACGUCUUGGUCGAAUUUUAGUACCUUGGGGGUACUGGGGCGAGGACAUGCUCAUCCGCAUGGCCAUGCUCCGCCAGGACAGCUCUGCCAUGGCUCUCACCUACACAGAAAUCAUGUCCCUCAGCCGCGACUCGCUGUCGCACGUCCUCCUAGACUUCCCGGAGGUGUCUCUUUGCCUUGCUCGUCCCUGUGUCAGUCCUGGAGCUUGA